AUGGAGACUGUGAAGCCAUUAGAUGUUGCUUCAGGGAAAGGAAAACUCAGACGCGCAUUUGUGAAAGUCAUCAACAUGAAGAAGCUAACCGGUGUUGUUCCAGAAGAAGAAAAAGUUGAGAGAGUGAAGAAGAGCCAAGAAAAGGUGUUAGUGAAGAAUGCAGCGAAUCUGUCCGAGUCCUUUGACAAGCUUGAGGAAGAGUAUGAGAAGAGACUCUCCAUGGAAGCUCUUCUCGCAAAGCUGUUCGCUACGGUUUCUUCAAUAAAAGCAGGUUAUGCGCAGUUGCAGUACGCUCAGUCACCGUACGAUCCAGCAGGGAUUCAGAAAUCAGACAACUUGGUCGUAUCAGAGAUGAAGACACUGUCUGAGCUGAAACAGAGUUUCUUGAAGAAUCAGUUUGAUCCUAACCCCGACAGAACUCUCGUUCUUGCGGAGAUUCAAGAACUGAGAAGCGUGUUGAAGACUUAUGAGAUCAUGGGGAAGAAGCUUGAGUGUCAGUUGAAGCUUAAAGACUCUGAGAUCAUAUUUCUUCAAGAGAAGCUUGAAGAGUCCGUUAAUCAGAACAAAAUGAUGCAGAAGAGACUCAACCAAAGCGGUCCGUUGGAUCAUAAUAAUCCAACACAUUUCGUCACGUAUCUGCACCACACUGUCAAAUCAAUCAGAGGAUUCGUCAGAUUGAUGAUCGAGCAGAUGAAAUUCGCCGGUUGGGACAUCGACAUGGCAGCUGAGUCUAUACAGCGUGAAGUCUUUUAUUACAGACAAGACCAGAAGUGUUUCGCUUUCGAGCAUUUCGUCUGCAAGAUCAUGUUUGAAUCGUUUCAUCUACCUUUCUUCACAAGCGAGUCAUCAUCAUCAUCAUCAUCAUCAUCAGGUCACAAGAAGAGCAGAGAAACGAAGGAGAUGUUCUUCGAGAGGUUCACGGAGCUUAGAUCGAUGAAAACGAAAGAAUGUUUAGCGUCGAGGCCUAAAUCAAGAUUCUCGAGGUUUUGCAGAGCCAAGUAUCUGCAGCUCGUGCAUCCGAAGAUGGAGCAAGCGUGCUUCGGGCAUGUGCAUCAGAGAAACCAAGUCUCCGCCGGUGAGUUUCCGGAGACGAGUUUCUGCGAUGCGUUUCUAGAAAUGGCGAAACGGGUUUGGCUCUUGCAUUGCCUCGCUUUCUCGUUCGACCCCGAAGCUUCGAUUUUUCAAGUAUCUGAAGGUUGCAGAUUCUCUGAAGUUUAUAUGAAGAGUGUGGCAGAGGAAGCGUUUUAUUCGUCUGAAUCUGAGCCUCGAGUUGCGUUCACGGUGGUUCCUGGGUUUAGAAUCGGCAAAACUUUGGUUCAGUGUGAGGUUUACCUUAACGCCGUUUGA